AAUGGAAAUAACAAUCACAAGGAAGGAUGGAAAAUCAGAAAAAAUUCAUUCUAAAUUAGGUGGUGAUGGACCUUUUGGAGCAUUCUCAGCUGAAAAAGCUAUGAAAAAGCUUGUCAAUUUUAUUGAAAAUUGAAAGAAUAUCUAACUUUAUCAAUUUUAAACAUUCAAAGACCUAAUAUGAUGA